AUGCAUUCCAAAGUUGUCAUCAUUGGUUCUGGGCCAGCUGCCCAUACCGCUGCCGUCUAUCUCGGCAGAGCAGAGUUGAAGCCCGUUCUAUACGAAGGCUUCAUGGCAAACGGCAUCGCAGCAGGUGGCCAAUUAACCACAACGACUGAGGUCGAAAACUUCCCCGGCUUCCCCAAGGGCAUCAUGGGCCAAACACUCAUGGACAACAUGCGCGAACAAUCCGAACGAUUUGGCACCGAAAUCGUCACAGACACCGUCACAAAACUCGACCUCUCCUCCCGCCCCUUCAAAUACAGCACCGAGUUCUCCCCCGACGAAACCCACACCGCCGACGCCGUCAUCAUCGCCACCGGCGCAUCCGCCCGCCGCAUGAACCUCCCCGGCGAAGAAACCUACUGGCAGAACGGUAUCUCCGCCUGCGCAGUUUGCGACGGCGCCCUCCCCCUCUUCCGCAACAAGCCGCUCUACGUGAUCGGCGGAGGUGACUCUGCCGCCGAAGAAGCCACCUUCCUGACCAAGUACGGCAGCCAUGUCACCGUCCUGGUGCGAAGGGACGUCCUCCGCGCCAGCAAGGCCAUGGCCACGCGACUCCUCAAGAAUGAAAAGGUCACUGUGCGCUUCAACACUGUCGCGACGGAAGUUCGCGGCGGAGACGACAAGCUCAUGAGCCAUCUUGUGGUGAAGGAUACCGUCACCGGCAAGGAGGAGGUCGUUGAAGCGAAGGGCUUGUUCUACGCAAUUGGCCAUGAUCCCGCUACUGCCUUGGUGAAGGGCCAGGUGGACAUGGAUUCGGAUGGGUACAUUCUCACCAAGCCGGGUACUACUAUGACGAGCGUGGAGGGCGUGUAUGCCGCUGGUGAUGUCCAGGAUAAGAGGUACAGACAGGCUAUUACGAGUGCUGGUACGGGUUGCAUGGCGGCGCUGGAGGCUGAAAAGUUUAUUAGCGAGCAAGAGUAG